UUAUUUUGAUUUCCAUUUGACAUUUCCUUGAUACACCGAAACCUUGCAAAUUGAAAACAGCCAUCACGUUAGCGUCCCAGCAGUUUACAUUUAACGCCACCAUGCCGUUGGCCGAUCUUCACAAAGAUCUAAGGCAACAGCAGCAAUUGGGCGUAACCACGGCCGCAAACAUACCCCCCUCCUCAUCGUCAUCCUCGUCGAAUCUCUGCAAUCUCAAUGAACAUGUGGGUCUGGCACGUAUGCAGAUUACUUCAUCCGGUUGCAGUAGCCUGGCGGUAACACCGAUGGAACACACGCCCACAGAUGAGGAGAGCACGGGCAUAACAACGGUUUCCAAUUGUCAGAGGCGCCAACAACAUCAGCACCACCAGCAACAGCUGGCCAUUGAUCCGCUGAGUUUACGCAUCGAAACCACACAGCUGCAGGCAGCUUUGGACAAACACCAGCAUCUGGAUGCCUCGUCAAAUGAUUUAAUGGACCUAAGUGAUUCCGAGUGCGGAAUGUCGGCGAGCGGUGGCGAUUGUGGCGAGCUGAGGGAAAACGAAUUUGACAUACGGGAGGUCAUCAAGGAAGGCCAUGACAAAGCAGAUCCUUCACAAUUCGAAUUACUUCGUGUUCUGGGCGAAGGUUCUUUCGGCAAAGUGUUUCUGGUGCGUAAAAUCAUUGGCAAAGAUGCGGGUACUCUGUACGCCAUGAAGGUCUUGAAGAAGGCCACCCUGAAGAUCAAGGACAGAGUGCGUAGCACAAACGAACGUAAAAUACUGGCCGAUGUGGGUCAUGCGUUCAUCGUUAAAUUGCACUAUGCCUUUCAGACACCGGGUAAACUAUAUCUGAUAUUGGAUUUUUUGCGGGGUGGUGACCUUUUCACCCGUCUCUCCAAAGAGGUAAUGUUUACCGAAGAAGAUGUGAAAUUCUAUUUGGCUGAAUUGGCAUUGGCCCUCAAUCAUCUACAUUCCCUGGGCAUAAUAUAUCGUGAUCUGAAACCGGAGAAUAUUCUGCUCGAUGAAAAUGGUCACAUUGCCCUGACUGAUUUUGGCCUGUCCAAACAACCCUUGGAUGGUUCGAAAACCUAUAGUUUUUGUGGCACCGUGGAAUACAUGGCACCAGAGAUUGUCAAUCGCAAGGGUCACGAUUUUGCUGCCGAUUGGUGGUCUUUCGGUGUCCUAAUGUAUGAAAUGUUAACCGGUAACCUACCAUUCCAUGGCCAAACUCGGCAAGAGACAAUGACACAAAUUCUCAGAUCUAAAUUGGGUAUGCCCGAAAAUCUAUCACCCGAAGCCCAAGCCCUGCUGAGGGCAUUGUUCAAACGCAAUCCCCAAAAUCGUUUGGGUGCCGGACCUAAUGGCAUUUUGGACAUUAAGGCCCAUUGUUUCUUUGCCACCAUCGACUGGGUACGUUUGGAACGUAAAGAGGUACGUCCACCCUUUAUACCUGCCGUGUCACGUGAUGAUGCCUUCUACUUUGAUGUGGAAUACACCUCAAAAUCGCCCAGAGACUCUCCAGGAGGACCCAUUUCCGCCUCAGCCCAUGAAAUAUUUCGUGGAUUCAGUUUUGUCGCACCCAUGCUGCUGGAACAAACCCUCAACAAUGAUGCACAAUCACCGCCCUCACCCUAUCUGCCAUGUCAAGAACCUGCACGCACACUGCCCGGUGUAUUGCCGGGCAAUUUUCACAAUGACUAUAACAUUCUCCAGGAAUUGGGUCGUGGUACAUUUUCGGUGUGUCGUCUAUGUGAACACAAAGCCUCCAAAAAACAUUUCGCUGUCAAGAUAAUUGAAAAGGCUGCCUAUAUGGCCAAUUCAUCAUCAUCCGAUUGUUGGGAAGAAGUUGAAAUUAUGUUGCGUUAUGGCAAUCAUCCAAAUAUUGUAACACUCUUCUCCGUCUAUGAGGAUACGUCGUCGGCCUAUUUGGUAAUGGAAUUGUUGAAGGGUGGCGAGCUGUUAGAUCGUAUUUUGGCUGUGGGACAAAUGUGUGAAAGUGAAGCCAGUGUUGUUCUGCGAACAAUGGUAUCUGCAGUGGCCUAUUUACAUGAACACGGUGUGGUGCAUCGUGAUUUAAAGCCAUCGAAUAUGAUUUAUGCCAGUAUGAAGCAAACGCCGGAGACAUUGAAACUCUGUGAUUUGGGUUUCGCCAAACAAUUGCGUGCCGACAAUGGUCUCCUGAUGACCCCCUGCUAUACAGCAAAUUUUGUUGCACCCGAAGUAUUAAAACGACAAGGUUACGAUUUGGCAUGUGAUAUAUGGUCGCUGGGAGUACUCCUGUACAUUAUGUUAUCGGGUCGGACACCAUUUGCCUCAACACCAAAUGAUUCACCCGGUGUGAUAUUAAAACGUAUUGGUUCGGGUCAUAUAGAUUUUUCGGCAGCGCGUUGGUCAAGCAUUUCGGCAUCGGUUAAAGAGCUAUUGGGACAAAUGUUACAUAUAGUACCAGAAAAUCGGCCAACAGCAGCACAAAUAUUACAACACCCCUGGUUGAAAGAACAAACAGCCGGAUCUGUACGUCUAACGGAAUAUUAUGUGCCCUCGCAACAGGAACAGGCAACAGCGACGGCAGCUGCGGCGGCGACUGUAACAAGUUUUGCCUGCAAUGCCAAUACGGCCCGUGAAGCAAAUGCUGCUUUACGUGGAGCCGUAGAUGCCACCUUCCGGGCUAUAGCAAUUCCACAGGCGGCCAAUGUGGGGCCGGUGGCCGAUUCAAUGUUGGCCAAACGACGUGCCAAAGAUCGUGCCAAUCUGAAGACGUAAUCGAAAAUGCAAAAUUGGGUAACAUUUUUCAUUGUCAAAUUGAAGCUUAACAUUUUGCGAUAAUUGUUUGUGGUCGAGGGAGAAGAAGCAGCAAAUGUGGCACUGG